UUGAAUUUUAAAAAACUUUUUAAAAUUAUGUGGAAAAACAUUGUUUUAACUACUUUGGCUAUUAUCAUUCAAUUUAGUUAUAUACACACGAGUUCUUUGUCUUCAAAAUAUGUCUAAAAGUAUAAUAUCCGACUAUAGAGCAUUUCACAAACUCACUAAAAGACUAACCACAGUCGUGGGUCUAUGGCCUUAUGAAAACUCUUGUAUUUUCUAUCGGCUACUACCAUACUUUCAAAUCAGUUUAAAUUUAAUCCUAGUAUUAGCGAUGCUUGGUUUCGUUUGCAAACAUUUUUCAAAUAUUUCUUUAGUGACAAGUAGUUUAAGUAUUAUGACGACUUUUAUGACUGUUAUUAUAAAGUUAUUUUGUUUAGUGGUAAAUCGAAAAGAUUUGACAGAACUACAUAAAAAUUUGGAUCCUUACUUUAAUGAAUUAUUAAACCAUUCAAAAUUAUCAAAACUCAUUUAUAAAAAAAUGAACAUCUUUAAAAGUAUAUCAUGGACUUUAUUUGCUUUGUCCAUAUGUUAUUAUACCAAUGAAAUGAAAACGAAAAAAUAUCGAUCGAUAUGCCCGAGUGAUCUUUGUAAAAUAACAUCAAAUAGAUUAUUCUAUCAAAUUUAUUUGGCUUUUGAAACCCUGGCUUCGUUCGAAUCAUUUUUUGUUACAACGGCCGCCGAUUCUCUGUUUAUGCUAUAUGUUUUUCAAAUAAUCGCAAAGCUACGUGAAAUUUCUCAUUGCAUUACGCAUAUUAAAGAUAAAAAUGAAAAUAGUGUAGUAGGUAAAUAUGUUUCUCAAUAUGUGAAAUUAAUAAGAUGUCGAGAUUUACUUGAAAAAAUUUAUGGACCUAUUAUUCUUUGGAUCAUGGGAACUAACACCAUUGUAUUUUGUUCAUUAUUAUUUCAAAUAUCACAGAUUGAAAGUAUAUCUAUUGUACAAGGAUUAUUACUUAUUAUGUGCAUUGCAUUAAAGAUGAUUCAAAUAUUUAUGUAUUCGUGGAGUGGAUCAUGGUUAACUGAAGAGAGUGAAGAUUGUAGAGAUGCUGUUUAUGCUGCCAAUUGGUACGGUAAUAAACGUCUAAUGACUUCAGUUGUCAUUAUACUUAUGCAAAGACCGUUGACAUUGACACUCUACAAUUUUUCAUCCGUUUCUGUUAGAAAUUUUAUCACGGUGUUCAAUGCUGCAAUUUCUUACUUUUUUUCGUUACAAUCACUUACUAGUAACGAGCAGAAGUAA